GUCGGUCGGUUGUUGUUGUCAACUUGCAGACGCGCCUCGCCUCGUCUGUGUCGAUCGUGUGGUCGUAGUUGAUAGUCGCUUAUUUACGUGCUGUAGAAACCGGUGCGAUCGCGUGUUAUAACCAAUUGAUGUGCUUCUCCCCGCAAAGGGUAUAAGGCCAAAAUCAUACAUUUACAACUCAUUGAAGAUCGUCAUUACGUUCGGUUCUCUUCGAAUCCGCUACUUCUUGGGUCAUCAAGGAACUGCUUCCUUCCUGGGGUGUGGGUGAUAGUUGCUUGUUGUUUUGUGCUUACAGUGUGUUUUAUUGUGUGUGCUUUACAGUGCAUUCGUGCUCUAUCGUUAUCGGUCACUUAUCAGCAUCUUCCAUAUCCUGUGUCUCGCUGGCUGUGGUGUGUCGCACAUAGAACCAAAUGCGAAUCCCAUAGGAAAUACGUGACAUGUCCGUUUUGUGACCAUUUCCUCGCAGUGUGUUAUUAAUGUUUAGAAGCGGAAAAAAUAUUUAAUUGUUUGUUUAGUUUAUUGAAACAGACGAAAGAGAGUAGGGUAAUAUAGCUUCCCGCCCCGUCAAGUGUGGGGAAUGCCGAUCAAUGAUGUGAGCUGGUUCAGCGUGUGCUAUGAAUAAUAAUAAUUGAUAGACUCUUGGCCUGUUUUUUUGUGUGGUGGUUUUGUGUUUCACCAAUAUUUAUGUAAAACGAGCAAGUUAACGCCAUUUAGACGUGAAAAUCUUCAUCACUGACAUUCACGAUUUCUGUUCGUUAGCUUCCACCGUGUUUAUUAGCGUAUAUAGCGGAGUGACUUAAUCACCCGUCUUAGGACGUCGCUGGAAAAUGAUUUACGCUUCGGUUUGUGCUUCUGCGUCGCAACAUGGUGUUGGUGCUUAUCUAUAGCGAAAAAUAACGCUGGCUGGCUGUAACCCGAGACAAACAGUUUCGAGUGGAGAAAAGAAAAGAAAUAUCGCACAUCAAGUGAUAAAAGACAGGAUUCCUUAUCAGUGGAAAAAUACAAAUAAUUUCAGUUCGCCUUCGGUGCUGCUAGUGGUCGUUACUGUGGCAGACGGUUGUUUGCGUUCGUAUAGUCAUCGAUAUAGGUUGCUUGCAGUGCUAAAUUUGGAAUUCGCGAGUCGCAAAGUGAAGAACACACCUCAAUCGUCCGCAUCCGAUGCUACAGUGAAACGAGUUUAAUACUCAGUUUAGGCCAUAAAAAUCUUGUGUAGUGCAUUCGUUACACAUAUCGAUAGCUAAAAAAUGAAACAAGUCUAAAGUUAGUUAAAACUUUCUGUUUUGUACCGAUUAUAUAAACGAAGCGGUAAAAUUGCAACCAUCAAGGUGCCAACGAAACCUUUUUUGCUAUUUUUUGAUAAAAAAAAUCAAACUGCGUUAUUUCGAGCGGUCACAACGAAACUGAACCGCUUCAGCCACUAGAGCCUAAAGGAGAAAGUUGUGUGAUAAUUAAGCCAAGGAAAAGAGCGGAUUAUAUUAACUAGGAAGAAACAUAAGUUCAACACACCGGCUAUUCGCGGACUACACCUUCGUGAAAGGAAAAGAGAAAAGGUAAGGAAAGACUGACAACAAAAUGACAAUGGGAAACAUGCGACCGCUGAAGAUAACCACAGUCGGCGAUGGAAUGGUCGGAAAAACGUGCAUGCUAAUUACCUACACUCAGAACGAAUUCCCUAGCGAAUAUGUGCCAACAGUGUUCGACAACCACGCCUGCAAUAUUUCGGUGGAUGAGAAGGAGUACGCGCUAACGCUAUGGGAUACAGCCGGACAGGAGGACUACGAAAGAUUGCGACCACUCAGUUACCCAAACACCGAUUGUUUUCUUAUAUGCUACUCCAUAUCGAGUAAAACAUCUUUCGAUAACGUGCUUUCAAAGUGGUACCCCGAGAUAAGACACUUCGCACCGACUGUUCCAAUUGUGCUUGUUGGUACCAAAAGUGACCUCCGAGUGCAUGGGUCGGAAAAAUUUGUCACCACGAUCGAAGGCAAAAAGCUGAAGCACAAAAUCAAAGCCUACUCACUGGUGGAAUGUUCCGCGAAAAAGAAACUCAAUCUCGGUGACGUGUUCGACGAAGCCGUCCGGGCGGUAGAAAAGAAACCCCAUCACAAACCACGUGUCUGCACGAUACUUUAGUUACCGUGGGUUUUUUUGGAGAUUUGAUAUCGCUAUAGCGCUAAACACCGUUAGGCAAGGGCCAGUGAUGUUAGGUAGAUGUUCUACUUAAAAUAUUUAACCGUAGAAAAACGACUCAGAAACCAUGUUCUUCUCAGCCUGUUUAUCUAUAUUAGACAAAUGUAAACUUUGGCCUUAUGGAAACUGUCAUUGACGCGAAAGUAGUAAACAGAAUGGUCAAAAAUAGUAUUCAGUACUGUUUAGCAAAUUAGAGUUAUUAUUUUCACAGCGUUAAAGCUAUUACGCUUUUCUGGAAAUCGUCCUAUUUACCUACAAUUUAUGCGUGGACAGUUUUUUUUUCGCGGUGUUGUUGUUUGUAGAAUAGUUAUCUAAAACAUGCAGCAAAAAUUUUAAAAUUGAAUCGGUUAGCAGAACUAUGAAAUAAAUUUCUCCGUCCAAUAAGGGUGACCAAUGUGAUACACGAACAUAUAUGUUCUUGUACGCAGUUCGAUUAAUAAAUUUCAUAAGGAAUUGCGACAGAUCUGACUGAAAACUUUAAUUUUUCUGGAUUUAAUUCGAAUUCAUCCUGAAUAUUUAAAAAUUAUUGGAAGGAGCUACUAGUGUUCUUUAACCAUUUAGCAGACUAAAUAUACCUAUAGAAAAGUUCAGGACAAACCGUCAGAUACGAGAACAGUUCACGGAUCCUAUUUCUACCGUCACUUGAGUCACUGUUACCUCACAAAACAUAGGGUUGCCACCUCUCCGACUCCGGUUUUUGGAGACGAUCUCCGGGUUUUAUAUCAAUUUUUCCGGGUCUGUUGACACGAUGAACAAUUUUAACUGGUUUAUUACAAACGCGUUUUUCCGAUGUAAAGGUUGGCUGCACUGACAUCGGUCCUUAACUGUUGGUCAGGGAGAAAAGCCUUUCUUAGCGACUGUGAUGUCGAAUAACCGAAUAUUUGGGCCCAGAGAAUAAAGCCAGAAUCAACGCAGUGUGCUUCCCAGGCGAUGCUGAUUUCCUGCCUGCUUCACUCUACUUCUAGUGUUAGCUGUGGCAGAAGGCAAUCCUUGUUCAACUUAUCCUCCACAGCGAGAGUGACUGAUGCUUUUGGAUUUUUCGUGAUUAGCCGAGUAAGUGAAAUUUCCACACCUAUCUAAAUCGAAAAAAACCGGAUUCAAACGCGAAAAACUUACAGUCGAAUGAGAAAAACUCAGAAUAGUGGUAAGCAUUAUGCUUUGCCAAACAAAGCACUACGCGGUGAGUGUGAGUCAAUUUUGGUAAUUGAUACCUCGACGAGUCACACGAAAACAAUAAAAGAGUUUGCAUCUGUCUUAUUUAAGAAGGUAGAUCUGGUUUCAACGUAUACUCGUGUUUCUAUAAAAACCUAUCUCAGGUCAGUAAAAAUCUCCGGGUGAAAGCAUAACUGGAGGUGGCAACCUUUAAGGUUGCACAGAGAAUGCGCAAAAUUUGCAAACGAAAAAAGCAGUUUUUUUCCACACCGUAUGUCAGAUCUUCAUAAAAAUCAAUCAGCGUAUGUAGAAUGUUGUUACAGUACUUAUUCCAUGAGGCACUUUAGGUGAGGUGGAUGUUGUCUGCUAAAUGCAAAUUUUCAAAUAUUCGAAGUUCGUGAAUGAACAUACAUAAUUUUUACCUGCUCUCCUCUUCAAUAUUCAGUGAGGUAACCGAAAACAUCCAAAUGUUUGUUUGAUAAUUUACUGGUGGGCCCUUCCUUUCGUAAACGGAAAGCCCCGUGCCCAGUUGCCUUUCGUUGCGUUGAUUUUCCCUGGGGAGCUAAACUCGGAUUAAUCCCCGAAUUCAUGCACAUAUAGAGUUACCACUUCUCCGGGUUAGACCUGCAUACUGCAAAAUCUGUUUUUCUUUAUCAAUACAUUUUCAUUGUGUGUAAUUAGAAUAUUGCAGUUAUUUCGUAGAAAUGAAUAGAAACCUCUUUCCUUCACAAAUGCAAGAUGCAUUGCCAUUUGGAUGCAGCGCUUCUAUUUCGCAACGUUUGGGAUAUUGUAAAAAUACCUUUACGUUAACUUUUUAAUUGAACAAACAAUUGAUAACUUUACUAAAUUACGAAGUACAUUUUCAAUGACAGUUUCCGCAAAUAACAACCCAACAAAUACCUAUUUUCAUAUCUAUUUACUAGUCAUAUUGAUUUCGAUGUAAAACUUAAAAAUGUAGCCAGGGACCCAUUGAAUCAGAUAAUACAAGUUAUAGUAUUUAUGAACUAUCUUUGAACACGGCUUAUAUUAUUAACUUCUUCGUUAGCAUAAGGCCUCCAUUAUGUUAUAAUAUUUUGAAUUAUUUUAGUAAGUGGACUAUGUAUCACUGAUGUCAGAUUCAAUGUGUAAUUUAAAGUUAUAUAAAUAUUUUGCGAGUAUUGUAUAUCA